AUGGAGAAGCCCUGCAUACUGGCCACUACCUUCGGAGCGCCUGGAGGCAUCUACAAACGCUUUGCACCUGUUGUCGAGAAACACUUCACCAUUAUCCCAUACGAGACAUUCCCGCCAGACCAGAAGAAUUUGUCCGAACAGGUCAAAGUAGUAUUUGUAUGGGGUGGUGCCCUGAAGGUUGACAGAGGUCUGAUGCAGUCUCUGCCUAACCUCAAAGUGGUGGUUAACGGAGGGGUGGGAGUGGACCAUCUGGACAUACCCAUGAUCAACAGCUUUGGGGUGAAGGUGUGCAACACCCCUCAUGUUGUUGACAACGCCACUGCCGACAUCGGGAUUGGCCUGAUGCUGGCGUCUGCAAGGAAGAUCGUCGAAGGUAGCCCUAUGUCAGAGACUCAGAGUUAGUAGUUUCUCAUUGAAACAUACAGGGCCAGUUUCCCGGACACAGAUUACCUAGUUCUGGACUAAGAGUGUUCUAUGACGAAUCUCCAUUUAAAGUGCUUUUUAAUCCAGGACUAGUCUUAAUCUGUGUUGUGGAAACCGGCCCAUAAAGUGAGAGAAUGUAACCCGUUCUAUUCCUUAUCAUAUUCCUACAGGUCACCAUUACUCCCUAACCCAUAACAAUGAGGACUUGCCAGAGAGCUCCAUGGGUAUGGAUGUCAGCGGGGCCACCCUGGGCAUCAUCGGUAUGGGGAGGAUAGGAUACAAGGUGGCCAGGAGGGCACAGGGAUUUGAUAUGAAGAUUCUCUAUCAUAAUAGGAACCGCAGGUAAUAAUAAUACAUUUUAUUUUACAUACUUUCCAAACAGUCAAAGACACCUUACGUCAAAAGUACAUCAAAUGCAGGUCAAAUCAAAUCAGCAGGACCUUAUUCUAGACAGCAGUAUGGCUAUGGUUAAGGUUUAGACAUUGGUCUGCUGUGUGCUGAAAGCUAACAUAUUCACCCUGUUCAAGUUCUUGCUAUCCCUGUUCAUUCAUUUACUACUCAUUUACUUAUUCAAACUAAAUGAGGGUUUAACUCUAAACUCACUGUAACACAGACUCGGUACCCAAACAGACUUCCAGUUCCUUAUUCUAAAGACAAUGUGGUUGUGAUUCUAUAGACAGUGUGGAUGUGAUUCUAAAGACAGUGUGGAUGUGAUUCUAAAGACAGUGUGGUUGUGAUUCUAAAGACAGUGUGGUUGUGAUUCUAAAGACAUUGUGGUUGUGAUUCUGAAGACCGUGUGGUUGUGAUUCUAAAGACAGUGUGGUUGUGAUUCUAAAGACAGUGUGGAUGUGAUUCUAAAGACAGUGUGGUUGUGAUUCUAAAGACAGUGUGGUUGUGAUUCUAAAGACAGUGUGGAUGUGAUUCUAAAGACAGUGUGGUUGUGAUUCUAAAGACAGUGUGGAUGUGAUUCUAAAGACCGUGUGGUUGUGAUUCUAAAGACAGUGUGGUUGUGAUUCUAAAGACAGUGUGGAUGUGAUUCUAAAGACAGUGUGGUUGUGAUUCUAUAGACAGUGUGGAUGUGAUUCUAAAGACAGUGUGGAUGUGAUUCUAAAGACAGUGUGGUUGUGAUUAUAUAGACAGUGUGGAUGUGAUUCUAAAGACAGUGUGGUUGUGAUUCUAAAGACAGUGUGGUUGUGAUUCUAAAGACAGUGUGGAUGUGAUUCUAAAGACAGUGUGGAUGUGAUUCUAAAGACAGUGUGGUUGUGAUUCUAAAGACAGUGUGGUUGUGAUUCUAAAGACAGUGUGGUUGUGAUUCUAAAGACAGUGUGGAUGUGAUUCUAAAGACAGUGUGGAUGUGAUUCUAAAGACAGUGUGGAUGUGAUUCUAAAGACAGUGUGGUUGUGAUUCUAAAGACAGUGUGGUUGGGAUUUCUUUACUUUCAUUUUCAUAUUUUCUUCUUCUUUUCUUUCUUUCCAGGAAAGAGGAAGAGAGAGCAGUGGGGGCGACGUACUGCCCCAACAUGGAGGAUCUGCUCCAGCAGUCAGACUUUGUGAUGGUGGUGGUGAACCUGUCACCCGCCACCCAGAAACUGAUCGGUGCCAAGGAGCUAGCCAGGAUGAAACCCACCAGCACUCUCAUCAACAUCAGUAGAGGUAUGACCAGACCAUAGAAUUAGAAGAAGUAGAAUGGGCAUCCCCAUUCAGGUCAAUUAUACCACUGGUGGUCAUUUUUGAGUGUCCCCAUAGUAGUAAAGCAGUGAUUCUAUAUCUACGGACCUGACACACAUAAGACUGAAUCCUGACUCGAGAUCUAUGGGCGGAUGAACUUACAAAUGUCACGUAAAUCACGCAUUGACGUAAAUUAGAGCAUUGUACAAAAUGUGAGCCACACACACAGAUCUCAAGUUAGAUUCACCCUAAAGUUAUUGUGAUCAGACUCUAACUCGCCAUAACAAACGUAAUAAACUUUGGGCCAUUUGUUUUCACAGGCCUCGUUGUAGACCAAGAUGCGUUGGUGGAAGCCCUCCAGAAGAAAGUGAUCCGAGCUGCUGCACUGGAUGUGACUUAUCCUGA